UUUCAGCAGUUCCAGUUGAACCGUGAGUUCGUUAGGACGUGUCGAAGUUUUGCCGGCUUUGAAAUACAGUGCCGUUCCCAUUCAGCAGAGUUAAUAAAGCAGAGGGAUUGAAAGUGUAGUUGUUGCAGCAUAAAAUUUCAUACGCUGUAUGUGUACUGCUGCACCGAAGACUAGUAGCAGCAACAGAAUGCUGUCGUUGCUUGAUCUUCUAGUGGCGUUUUUUUUAUUUCGUGAACUUCAUAUAUUGCAGUGAUCGGGGGGUUGCUUUGAUUCGUUGGUGAAAAUAUUUUCUGUUUCGAGAAUAAAAAGUAGUGCUGUGUGUUGUGAGCCGCGAUAAAAGAUAACGGUAAAAAUGAUGUUCCUUCGUUCGUGUUCUGAAUGAACGGAAUAGUUCUUCCGGUUCUGUGGUUAGUCGUUUCGGAGAUCAGUGUGAAACGUCAGCGGUGAAGUGCAGUUGUUUUUAAUAGGUUUCUGUUGAUCUUCCACCGAACGACAUUUGCCCAGAGCGAAGCGGAAAAACAAAUAUAGAGAUCAAUUUCGACACUUUGGCUUAUACGCCUCAUCGAAUAGCGUGAUUGUUAUAAUGAACAAUAAGUGAAUUUGGCAAUGUAGUGAUGUUUUUUUUUUUCUGCAAAUCAUAGAAAAUAAAUUGUUCGUUCCUGUUCGGAAUCUUAGCGCAGCAGAAGAAGUAAAUUUGAUUCAAGUUGGGAUCAUCGAGCGAAAGUAAAUAGCGAAGGAUCGAUUUGCUGUUGAGUAGAGUUUCUGGUGGUUGAAUUGAAGGUGAGAAGUUGAAUAAACCGAGAAAAGUGCGGAAUAAGAACAAAUGAAUAGAUAAUUAGUGCACGUGGAAGCAGUGUUCAGUAGUGCAGGCGGUAUUAGUCGGUUGAUCGGGCUGGAAUUGCUGGAAGUUGCUGAGCAAAAAUUAAGAUUCCUCAACAGUUUCGGAGGUACUACUCCGUUGCGGCGACACACGUCUCGAGUGAUAAUUUGUGCUGCGUCGGCGGUGGCACUAAACGAAGAAAGAAACACCUGUGCGGUGUCAUCCAUCCGAACGUGAUAAAGUUAUAAUUGGAUAGCGGCAAGCAGGCCGGGUCCGUUUUCUCCACAACCAUCUCAAAAAGAAGAAAGAAAAAUAGAAAUUAGCUCGUGAACGGAUUCAACAGUAUUCUUCAACCCAACAACAAAGCUAACAAGACCGGUUAGGAUUCAUCGUUUGUGUUGUGUUGUGUUGUGAGGUGAGGUUAGGAGGGGUUACUUCCCGGCUGGUUUUCGAAUGACGAACUCAGCCGGUUGAUGCUUUCCAAGUGGUGCCCGACAGCAACAACAACAGUAGAAGAUGGAUGACGGAUUAUCAUCCACCGCGCCGCCGUUUUGGUGAACGGUUCUUUUUUUUUCUUCUACUCGUGAGUGUGUUCAAACAAACCAAGAUUCGCGUGCAUUCCAGUUCAGUGUGUAGCCUUGACCGCGUGAGUGGCGGUGUGCAGUAGUGGUGUUCCGAACGGAAGCGUGAAACUGGCAGAGGUAGUUCAAAAUUUUGAAGUUCAAAAAAACUCGUUACAAAAUGGCAGAAAAUGCCGCCAAAAGUGGUGCUAUCGGUCGGGGUGUGGGGCUCGGUUCCGAACUCGGAACCGGCGAUGAUCAACCACCGCGAAGGAAUAUGAACGGGAACCGGUCGGCUCGGUUCGGGUCCGAUGGGAAGAAGGGUCCCAAUUCGCACAAAAAGAGCGUAGAUUCACCGUUAGCCGAUGAGGAAGCUAAGCUGCUCCAGCAGAAGCAACAGCAGCAGCAGAAGGUUCCCCAGGUCGUGAAGGGACUCGGCAUAACGACUGAUAUCGGGGGAGAUGGUGAAGGAAUUGAAUCAGGCGGUACCCACCUGGAUGGGGAGAAUGGGGAUUUGCGGGGGCAGACGGUUCCUACGGGCGUGUCGGUCAUCGAUAUGAUUGACAGUGGAUCGCAGUCGCGGAAACCCUCGGAGGGUAAAGGAAAGAAUGUGUUCAAAGCUGCCUACAAUCGUUUGCUGACGUCCUUCGAAGUAUCUAAGAAGUCUGAACGACCCUUAAUCUCUCUAAUCCUGCUUAGUCUGCUGUUGCUAGUUGCUCUCAUUUUGCUGGUAAUAUUCUGGCCUCGGCUGCCCGGAUACCUGACGAGGGAAGUUUGCCUGGAAGCAGAAUGUCUGGAGGCUAGUAAACAGCUUCUCUCGUGGGCCAAACCGGAGGCAAACACGUGCCGCUCACCGUACGAAUGGGCCUGCGGGCGGUUCGAGGAAAAGUAUAGCACCCACAGCUUCUUCGAGGUGAACAAGGGCGAGUGGAACUUCGACGCGUAUCAGGACUAUGAGGAUACAUCCGCCGCGUACGAGUUCAUCUCAAAGCUUCCAACGGUGGCCAUGUCCUAUUCAACACAAUCAAUGAUCAAGAAACUACACUCGAUCUGUACGACGGUGGAAACGGUGAGCAACAGCGAAGCGAUAACGUCUCUGAAACGUGCUCUGAUGCAUUUGGGUGGCUGGCGAAUGCUUCUCGGCAACAACAAUCCUCACUGGGGUUUACGGGAGAAUCUGCAGAAAGUUCAGCCCAGGUACGGAGCGACUCCGUUCUUCAAGCUGGGAAUUGAUAGCCGCAAUGCACCUCCCUACGACUACAUAAUCACCGUCAGCGAGGGUACGCUGGGACUUCCCAGCAAGGAGUUCUACACCCUGGAGGAACGACAUCCGAUCAUUCAAGCCUAUCACACCUAUCUGCGAGACAUUCUAACGCAUCUGGUGGAAACAUCCACCAUGAAGUCCCAGGAGUACGCAAAGAUGAUCUUCAACUACGAGCGUCGGAUCGCCUUGGAUGUGAUGAGCGUCCUCCGGGAACCGAGUGGAAAUGCUUCCCGACCGCAGAUUCGAACUAUGCAGCAGCUUGCGGAUGAAGCUCCUUCGCUACCAAUCCUGCAGACGGCACAGUCCAUGUUCAAGAAGAAAAUCACCGAAAACACCCAGGUACUGGUGAACAGUCCGAUCGUGCUGAGGAUGAUCUCCCAGAUCAUUACCACCACCGACAAGGAGGUCCUGAACAACUUUGUCAUGUGGUCGGUUAUACGGCACUUUGUCCCGUACAUGUCCCGAGACUUCCGGGUUUCGAUGCAGCAAUUCGAGAAAGUUCUGUACGGGGUACAGUCAAAGGAACCGGUGUGGCAUUUCUGUACCAAGGUGGUACAGCAGUGGAUGCCCUACGGGUUAGAGGUGCUACGGGAGAAUCCGGCGUUGAUCGUGCACGAUCGGAGUGAGCGGGAGUAUCCGGAACAUCAACCGGUGGUUGAUCCGUACCAUAGUUCUCAGCUGGUAACCGAUGAUCAGAUUCGGUACGACGAUGAACUGGUGAAGAUGAUGUUCUAUCACAUUCGGGACGAGUACAAAUCUGCCAUCAUCAAUGCUAACUGGGUGAAUGAGAAAUUGACUAAGUUCGUGGCGGAUAAGUUGUCGAUGAUGCGGGUUCAGAUUGGGAUUCCUGGGGAGCUGUUGAAGAGCGAUAAGUUGAUCAACGAAUUCUACACCGAGUUGGUGUUGGAUGAGUUGGUGUUCGUGGAUAACGUGAUCAGUCAGUGGGGCUUUGCGAAGCUUACGAUGGACCAAAUGCUGGAUAAUCGGACGGAAAGUGAAAGAAUCGUUUCGGAGUUGUAUCCACCGAUUCCAUUUGGAACGCGCCGGGCACCGGUGGCUGAUCUGAAAUAUUCAAUCGGACUCAACAUGGUUAUCAUUUCGAGGGAAAAGACUCGAGAACCGUACUUUCACUACAAAUACCCCAUAUCGCUGAACUUUGCCCGGUUGGGAGCGGACAUAUCUUUGGUGAUCCACGACGCCAUUAACACACUGACGGAGCAGUUCAAAAAUACCGAAACCAAUCAGCCGAGGCAUAUUGUGGAAAAUGUGUUCGACGAGGAAGCACAACAGUGCAUAACUAGGAUCCUACCGCAUUCGUUCCACCCGACGCGAAUCUCCAACGAGAGUAAGCUGCAUCUGUACCUGGAACUGUCGGCAGCAAGCGUGCUACGGCAAGCCUUCGGCACCUUGCUGGAUAAGAUCGAUCGAAACGAACGGAUAUUCGAGAGUGAAAUAUCGGAAAAGACCACGUACGAGGUGUUAGGUUUGCGGCACUGGCGUCGCCAAGCCGGUCUACGCCGGUACGAUCAGCAGCAGCUGUUUUCGUUAGCCUACCUGCAGAAGCACUGUGCCGUGCCGGAUAGUGGAGCAGUUCGGCUCACCAAACUGCUGCUGGACAAUGACAUUCCCGAGACGGAGAAAUUCCAUCUCCUGUGGCGCCACGUACCCUCACUGGCCGCUACCCUAGACUGUAGUAGCAGUAGCAUAAGCCGAUUUAGUAGUAGCAGCAGCAGCAGCACUAGCGAUACCGAUGGUGGCAAUCAAAAUAGCCCCUGCAGUCGUAUUCUUUGAUUAGUCCGACGGCCACCGGGAGUAGCGGUAUCGAGAAGCGACGACGACGGCCAAACAACUGCUGCCCGGAACCAGCAGCAUACCAAGGGAAAACGCAAAAAGCCUAAACCCACCUACUCUUACUACGAUCCGGCCUUCACGUAUCCUUACUAUACCGGGGGAAUCGCUACCGCUGCGCAGUAUCCGCAGUUCCCGGUGCAGCCUUCCUACACCGUCGCUGGCGCCCCGUCCCAGGGAAGCGGAGCUAGUAGUGUGCCACGGAGCAACACUGCCGAAAGGGGGGCUAGCGGUGAUGUCGUUUAUCCUAGGAUUGAUGUUAAUAGUAUAUUCUUCUAACGAGUUUGAACGAGAAUGCAAUGAGACAGAGAGAGUGCUGAACAAAAGAGAGAGGUAAUCUAUUUUAUAUUUAUCGACAAUUUUUUCACAAAAUAAUUUCGAGCGAAAACAGGAAUCAACUUAAUUCGAAUGUCAUUGAGAAUUGAUCUGAAAGUUGUGUGCGUUUUUAUUUCCAAUCGACCAAUUGAUCAAGUUUGAUCAAUUUUUAAAUUUAGUUGAUAAUUGUGCGUAGUUUGGUUCGAAAAAAAGCAAAUCUACUUAUGAAAGAGGACGACAAAAAACUUUCUGUGAACAAUCAUAAUUUUAAGAGUUAAGUUCCGUAGAAGGAUCCAAACAGUUUAAGGAUUAACUAUCCGGAGGCCGACACUGUCCAGUAUGUGAUUUCAGUUCACUGCGAAUUGAAUUUUUAUCCUUAGGAAUGCGUGAAUAUUUAAAAAUUGAUUAGGAAGAGUCAACGCGGGGAGCAAACAGCAGUAAUUAAACACAAGUCGAUAUUUAAGUUUAUGGAUAAUUUGAGAUGUUUAGGUGGUUACAUUUUGCCGGAAGGCGAGAGACGGAUUUAUCCGGAAUACGUUGACUAAUGAAAAGAAUCUAUAUAUUAGUAAGCACCUACAUGUUUGGUUCGAAGCAAACGGGUGCAAUGAUGCGAGAUACCCUGGAAGGAACCACUGAGAUUCAAGCAUGCGACAACUGAAAAUAAAUGCUGUAACUUUUGUACAUUAA